AUGGGAGCAGAUCUAUCUAGAGCAAUUGAGGAAAGGUUAACAGACCUUAAAAAUCAAAUUUCAUCUGUUAAAAUUGAGACUUCUUCUACCAAUGCAAGUUUAAAUGCAUCCAAAAAGGAAGCUGAAAAACUCAAAAAUCAGAUUUCAUCUUUUGAAAGUAUCCAAAAAGAGAUGGAAAUGAAAUUAAAGAAGGUAAGUGAUCAGCUUUCUUUUACUGAGUCUGAAUUAGAAACUAAUAAGAUUGAGUUGAAAGUUUGUAAGCAAGAGCUGGAAAUAUUGAAAAAUCAACUUUCUAUUUAUAGUAAUCAAACUGAAAAAAUGGUGGUUGAUUUAGGAAAGGUUCUUGAUCAAGUUAAUUCAACUGUUUUGGAGUUGGAAUUUGUUAAAAGUCAACUAGAGGUGCAUAAUAAGAAGGUGGUUGAGUUGGAGGAAGAAAUUUGUAGAUGUAAAGAAGAGAAUGAAGAAAUGAAAAUUAAUAAAAAUAAUAUGGAAAUUAAGAUUUCGGAACUUGGGUUUGAGUUGGAUUCGACUAAGAAUGAAUUGAAAUCAUCUGAUGAAAAGGUAAAAGAACUUGAACUUCAAGUUUUUUCGUGUAAGAAGGAAAAUGAAAAUAUGGUUAUGGAGAUAGAAAGAAUACGAGAUCAGAUUUUGUAUAUGAAAGUUGAAUUUGAUUCGGUGAAGAAUGAAGUAGACACGUCUAAUAAGAUGGUAGUCGAGCUCGAGGAACAAGUUGUGACAAGUAAAAAUGAAGGGCAAAUUGUUGAGGAAAAGUUGGAUAAGGUACAUGAUCAACUAAGUGUAACAAAUGAAGAGUUAAAUUGUACUAAGAAAAUGUUGGAGGCUUCUCAAAAGGAUGUGGAGGAGCUUCAACGUAAGUUCAAUGCUUGUAAGACAAAGCUUGAACAUAUGGAAGUAAAAAUCAAGGAGGUUGUUGAUUCUGUUGGUUUGAAAACUGACGAUAGAUAUGAUAUUUUGAAUUGGGUUUUACCUGAUAGUAACGAAAUUCAUAGUACAUUGAACGAUAAUCAAAUGUUUAUUGCAAUUUCAUAUGACGAUUAA